GAGAGAAAAAAGGAGCGAGAGUUUCUUUGUGGAGAGCGGAGAGACUACCUGCCUGUCACCGGAGAGGAUGAGGGAAAACCUGGGGAAUGACCCCGUGGGACUCGUCUGAUGGGGAGGGAAGUUUGACUGGGAUGUAAACACGGACCAUCGAUCUUUAAUCAGGAGUGUUUUCCAUCACCACAAUGAUGCCACGUGAGAGCUCCCUCCUGCUGACUCACCUGCUCCUGCUCCUGCAGCUCCUCCUCCCUCUAACCCUCUGCCUCCUGCACCCUCCACCUCUCCACCUCCCCACGCUUGUCCCUCACACACCCACGCCUCUUAUUCGAUCUCGAUUCAGUGCUCAGACUCAGCUGGACUUCACCACUCACUGCAACUCCAGCUGCUUCCACAGAGGAGAAGAGGAGGCCCAGCUCACAGAGAAACUGGCUUUUGAGACGCUGUACUCUGACGGCUCCCGUACUCUCACAACUGUAGAUGUGGAGGACGACGAGGAGUUUAAAGACCUCGCUCUCCCUUCACAGAGGAAAGGACCAAAGAUAAAGCCCAGGCACAGACGCGUGAGGCGGCAGAUCUACGGGGCAGACGGACGCUUUAACAUCCAAGGUGACAACUUCCUGUUGGAUUAUCCUUUCAGCACAGCUGUGCGGAUCUCCACCGGCUGCACCGGCGUCCUCGUGUCUCAGCAGCACGUCCUCACAGCUGCCCACUGUGUGCAUGAUGGGAAGGAUUAUGUCAAGGGGGCGCGAAAACUCAGGGUGGGAUUCCUGAUUCCUCCAUCCAUCAACGGCACCAGAGCCGGCCUCACGUCCUCCAACAAGCCUUUGGUGCGUUGGGUGAGGGUGAAACGUACCCGUGUGCCAAAAGGCUGGAUCCAGGGCCCUCAGGAGGUCAGCAUGGACUUUGAUUACGCCCUGCUGGAGCUGCGUUGGCCUCACCGGCGUCCCUUCAUGCGCCUCUCUGUGGCUCCCUCCUCUGACGACCUGGCAGGGAAUCGCAUCCACUUCUCCGGCUUUGACAGCGACAGAUCCGGAGAGCUGGUGUACAGGUUUUGUCCUGUGGAAGAAGAGUCCAGCGAUCUGAUAUACCAGCACUGCGACGCCCGACCUGGAGCCAGCGGCUCCGGAGUGUACGGAAGAGUGUGGGACAACAGUUUGGAGCGCUGGGAAAGGAAGGUCAUCGGCAUUUUCUCUGGACACCAGUGGCUGGAGAUAGACGGGGAGAACCGGGAUUACAAUGUGGCCGUGCGCAUCACUCCUCUGAAGUUUGCUCAGAUCUGUUACUGGGUUCAUGGGAACCGACUAGACUGUGUCCACGACUGAGGCGGACAUAAACAUUUCUCCUAACCUUUAUGUUUUUGUGUGUCUUUCACAAAAUGGCUGGAUAGAAAUAAGCAUGCUAUCAUGCCAAAUGUUGCAUAUCAACAUGAUAAAACAGCGCCCUCUAGUUUGGCUCUAAUAUACACUGUGAUAACCAACCCUGGUCUCCCCUACUGCAUGGAAGAACACAAGAAAGAACAAAAAAACACUGGGUGAAAUGUCUUAUUUCCCCUGAAAGAAAUAAGAAUGACAAAGGAUUUAAUCCAUCCAAAAAUAACACCUCUCAGUGAUAGGCCAAUAAAACGGAUCAGUUACUUUUGGAUCCCCUUUGCUGAGUUAUUUCUCUCCUGUGUUUCAUUUGCUCCCUGUAGCCUCUGGGCCUAUUUAACAAAUCUGCCUGUGAGAUCAUCACCACGGCAUCUUUUACUGUUUUUAACCACAGUCAGAUUAAUAACACAGCCAGUGUUUCCCCACUAUUAACAUAAGCCACUUUUAUAAGAGGGAAAAAACACUAUUCCUGGUGUCAGUAGCACCAGAUCCAUUUCCUACUGUGACAGCGAUGACGGCAAUCUAUUGACAUGUCUUUCCCGCUCUCUUGUCUGACUUAAGGGGAAACGAUUUAAUAUUUUUAUAGCUCUUUAAGGAUCAUUUGCUUAUCCGUUUGAUCUGCACACACUUGCAUAAUACACAGCAAUAAAAAACUGUUUUUGGACACCACUGAUGCUUCAGACAGUAUGCCCUUCUCAGUGUGGACUGGAGAGACAGAGUGUUAAUUUUAUUUUUAAAAAAUGCUUGAUAUAUUUUAAUAAAGAGAUUUAUAACAGUUUGUGUCAGUAGUCUUACUGUCAAGUUUCAACAGUGGUGUUUGGACGCCCUCC